GUCUCCUGAAUCCUACCAAGAACUGUGUUCAACUCUCAGUCGUCACCAUGAGCAACAAAUUCUUGGGCACCUGGAAACUUGUCUCCAGUGAGCACUUUGAUGACUACAUGAAGGCUCUAGGUGUGGGGCUAGCCACCAGGAAACUGGGAAAUCUGGCCAAACCCAGUGUGAUCAUCAGCAAGAAAGGGGACUAUAUUACUAUACGAACUGAAAGUGCUUUUAAAAACACAGAGAUCACCUUCAAGCUGGGCCAGGAAUUUGAAGAAACCACAGCUGACAAUAGGAAAACCAAGAGCAUUGUAACCCUGGAGAGAGGCUCACUGAAUCAAGUACAGAAAUGGGACGGCAAAGAGACCACCAUAAAGAGAAAGGUGGUAGACGGAAAACUGGUAAUGGAAUGUAUGAUGAAGGGCGUGGUGUGCACCAGAAUUUACGAGAAGGUCUGAGAAAAACAUUGACCCACUGAGUGGUAUUUAGUCACUUAAUAUUGGAAAUAAAUUGCUUCCAUUGGCAAGACCCAACUACUCUCCAGUUUGCUUUUGGGUUUGAAUUUUUUUGUUUUUGUUUUCGUUUUUGUUUUGUUUGGGUUUUUGUCUUCACAUGCCAGAUUGACAAAGCCCUUAACUGAGUCUUAAUCUAAAAACCACUGCUAUUUAAAUAUUUUCAGUUUGUGUACAUGUCCUUAUCAUAUUAACUCAUCUAUGUUUGGCCAGACUUAAAUAAUUGCUAAUGUCAUUAAUUUCUAAGAAAUUAUAAUCUAUGGUGUUCUGAUUAUUUAAAAUAAUGAUUAAAAAGAAGUAAUGGGAUAGUAAAAGGAUGUAAAAGUUUACUGAUGGGGGUAGCAAACUCAAACGCCUUCUGGGACCAGAGAGUUAUAAGCCCAUAAGGAAGCCACAAAGAAGCAAUUCAGAAAGAGCAGUUUUAAAUGAAGGAGUCCUAGUUUCAACUAAAAGGAGCAACCUUAACUUCAACCAGUUUUUUUUAAAAAUUAAGGGCUAGUUUAUAGGCAGUGAAAGGCACAGAUACUGAGGACAGAGUUGAAUGCAUUGUGACAGAUGCAAGCACUCAUAUAACUCUCAUCUAAACCAAGAUACAAAACAUUUCCUUAAUCCCAGAAAGUUUUCUCAAUCCCCUUCCCAGGCAAUGCCCUGCCCUGUCCCAUCCCUACCGAAAGCAAGUACAGUAGUGAUUUGGUUCUAUCACCAUAAGUUAGUUUUGUGUGUUCCUAUAUAUGGAACCAUAGUGUUUUCUGUUUGCCCAUUUAAACUUAGUAUUCUUUAAAAUUCAUCCCUAUCGUUGCAUGUAAUAGUGGUUUGAUCCUUUUGUUCCAAAUACUAUUCCAUUGUAUGAUUAUGUCGUUUUAUCUGUUUAUCCUUCAGUUAAUACAAUUAGGCUGUUACCAAUUUUUGGCUACUGUGAGUAAAGCUGCUACAUUCUUGUACAAGA